AUGUCAGCGGGUCACAGCCGUGCUCAAUUGCCUAUCAUUACGCUACCAACAUUUGACGGCGAUAUCCAAGAUUGGGAGUCAUUUUUCGAUUGUUUCCGAGCUAUGAUACACGACGAUGGAGGAUUUACGCCCGCACAAAAAUUCUACUAUCUCCGAUCAAGUGUUAGUGGUCCAGCGUUAGACCUAAUCAAGUCGAUUCCAAUGACAGAUGCUAAUUAUGAAGUGGCUAUAGAACGCCUGAAACAACGAUAUGACAAUCGCUGUCUUGUCAUUCAAUCCCACAUUCGGUCUCUUCUGGAAUCACCCUAUGUAGAGCACCCGACAGCUAAAGAACUGCAAGCAUUACAUUCACAUGUAAGUGCUCAUAUUGCAGCGCUAAGAGUUCUAAAUCAACCAACGGAACAUUGGGAUGCGUGGUUGGUGACGAUAAUCGUAAGCCGCUUAGAUGCUGCUACCAGUCAUGGCUGGCAAUUAAGACAACAAAACACUCAACUUCCUAAGUAUUGUGACUUGGAGACAUUCUUAUCCAGUCGGUGUGUAGCCUUUGAAUCUUCAGAAGCAGCAUCCGGGUCAAAAAAGGAUAUUAAGACAAAUUUGAGUAGUGAAACAACAAGGAAAGGUAGUGCCAAACAUUCUUCUACUGAACCAAGGCGAGCCUUUGUAGCAGCUGCUGAUACAGUAUCCUGCCAAUACUGCACUAAACCACAUAAAUUAUUUAAUUGUGAGGAGUUCAAAGCAGUACCUAUAAAUACACGUAUCUCAUUUGUCCAGGGAAAGGGUAUAUGUUUCAAUUGUUUGUCCAUCGGGCAUAUGGCGAAUGUUUGUAGAUCUACUUAUAGGUGUCGAACGUGUAACCGUAACCAUUAUUCAAUGUUGCACUUUGAAAGAAAGGAAAAAACUGAAGAGAAGGAGAAGCUCCAAGAGCAACAGUCAGAUAAGGGUCAGUCAACAUCUACGUCUGGAGUCCUAGUAUCUGCACCGGUACCAGCAGAAAUCGCCAUGAGAAAUGCACACGUAUUUCUUGCGACAGCUUUAGUUAUAGUUCGAGAUAAAAAUGGUGAACGCCGCCAGUGCAGAGCGAUCUUAGAUAGUGGCUCCCAAGUCAAUUUUGUUUCAAGGAAAUAUGCAAACUUACUGCAGUUAACAYGCAAGAGGUCUUCAUUGCCAAUAAGUGGUAUUGGAGAUAAUCGUUUAAKAGCAAGGUCGUGUAGUGAGCUGAAAAUAGAAUCAAGAACUAGUGCAUUCAGUAUUACGAUUUCCUGUUAUGUAUUGCCUAAUAUCGUAGGAGAACUAGCGUCUUGUCCAGAACCAGCAGAUGGYUGGGGUAUACCAGGAUUUGUGUCUCCAUAUCUAGCUGAUCCGGACUUCCACCAUCCGCAAGGUAUUGAUCUGCUGAUUGGAGGUGGUUCGUUCUUUGAUGUUUUGGGAACAAGAAAAAUACCACUAAACAUAGGCUCAGUGACUCUAUAUGAGAGCAAUUUCGGAUGGCUGGUAACGGGAGAACUUUUUAACCAACAUGCACCAGCACUUCUUUCAAUGGGUCAAACAAUAGAGGAAGAUUGGAAGGUUCUCAGUACCAUCAAGGACAACUACGGACGGGCAUCGAGGGCGAAUAAGAGAAGUCAAGAAGAGCAAUAA